GUUGGAAAUACUCUAUGCUGUUGCUCUUGCUCGCUUUUUUUUAUUCGAGACUGUAACUAUCUGUGAAACAAGAACAACCACGCGAAAAAAUCAAAAUGCCGUGUCCCUGCCCUGCUGCGCGUGACCUCCUUGUGCCUCCGCCCCCGGUAGAUGUCGAGGGCCUCACCCUGCACUACCAUUAUCAGAUAGUUUCGCGCCCGGGCGCUGCGAAAUCUCCCGGGAGCCCAGCAGUCGAGAUGGCGUUGCAAAAACUGCAAGAGGCGGCAGAGCUCAUUUCCCGCGAGAACGGUUCUGUGUGCCAGGAGCUUUUGGAGCGCACGCGUUUAAAUCUCAAGCAGUUGAAUAUGAUGGUAAUGGACAGCCGCGGAGUUCUGAACGACGCGGAGUAUGCGUUGUUGGUCAGUGUGCGGGAAUUAAUCAACACGAUCGAAGAUGACGAGGUCCGUCUCUCCGUUAUGAAUUCGGACACGAUAGCCCGCUGCAUUGGCACUGGUGCCGCCGCGGAGCAAAGGAGGAAGUUGGUUCUGAGGCUGCGGGACAUCAAGAGUGAAGCGCGGCGGGAGGCGACAGUGGACAUGCCGGAGCAGACGCGCUUUACUUCCCACAGCGACCACAUCACCACGUUCGCACUGCGGCAUGCGCAAGGGUUGAAACAGGACGUAGAAGAGCGUAAGGAACAGUGGUUGCGGCACGUCGAUCUCCCUGUGAAGUUGUUGCAUUUGCUGCUGCCUGCUUGCCGCCUUAUCCGCGACGUGCACCCCGACCAAAGUCGUUACGAUGGGCUCAUCGUUUACUUCGUGAAGAGUGAAGUGGUGCCAGUGCAUGGGGAGGAGUGGAACGAAAGCAGCGAGCUGUGUGAGCUCCUGGCGGAAGACGAAGUGGAGACAGAACCAGAGACAGAAGGGCCGGUCUGUAAAAGACUGAAAACCUCCAUGACGUGAUUAUGAAAAAACCGAAAAGCAAAAAAGUAUAAAAAUCUUCACAGGCUUGGAAAAAGUCGGCGCCAAUAGCGCGCACACAGAAACUGAUGACGAGCAUAUGGGUUUUUUGUAAAUUAAAGUUGAGAAAGAUGAAAGUACAAGCACAGAGAAAGAUGAAAAGCAAAAGUGACAGUAC